AGAACUUUUAUUUUUCCUCGGCCUUUUUAUUGAUAAAUAAUUUAUUUUUAUUUUAGGCGAAAACGUUUUACAUAUAGCUAUUGUCAACGAAGAUCCAUCUAUGGAGACAUUUGAUACGGCAUAUGAAGUAGGUGCAAGUUUAUCAAUUAAAAAUGUCUUAAAUUUAACGCCAUUAACGUUGGCAGCUCGAUUAGCAAGAAUAGAUAUGUUUUUUCAUAUUUUAAAUUUAGAAAGAGAAAUAUAUUGGCAAAUUGGUAGCAUUACAUGUGCAGCAUAUCCAUUGUCACAAAUUGACACAAUAGAUCUGGAGACUGGACAUAUAAGUAAAACAUCUGCAUUAAAUUUGGUUGUAUUCGGGGAUAAAGAUGAACAUUUAGAAUUAAUGGAUGGUGUCCUAAUUGAUCUUUUGAAUGCUAAAUGGAAUACCUUCGUAAAAUUUAAGUUUUAUAGACAAUUUUUUACUUUUGCGUUUUAUUUUUUAAACUCUUUAAUAAGUUUUACAUUAAGACCAGGGCCACCUAUUCCAAAGGAAAGUUUAAAUAAGACAAUUUUAAAUACAACAAUCCAUUCAGAAGUAAACUAUACAUCAUUUGGAAUCAGUUUGGAAAACACUAGCUUGGAUAAUUCAGAUGAUGAUUAUAAUGUUGAAGAAUGGUGGGAUAACUUACAGGAGGAUUGCAGACUAAUGCAAUUAGAUGCCCCAGAAGAUAAAAUAAGGUUUAUAGCAGAAAUAGCAAUGACUAUUGGGGCUUUUAUUUAUUUAGCAGCAGCUGUAAGAGAGGCGAGAUUUUUAGGGGGAAGAAUGUUUUUUGAAAAUUUGAUGACUGCACCUUCGCGAGUAAUGUUUUUAUUUUCAUGUAUUUUAAUGCAAAUUGUACCAUGGUUGCGGGUUGCUUGCGAAGAUGAAAUUGAAGAUACUGUAGCGAUAUUGUUUGUUAUAUUUAUGGGAAUCGUAGCUAUACUUUUAAUUAAUAUGUUAAUUGCUAUGAUGGGUAACACUUAUCAAAAAAUAGCUGAGACCAGAAAUGAAUGGCAAAGACAAUGGGCAAGAAUUGUUUUGGUAGUCGAAAGAGGUGUGAGUCCACCGGAAAGAUUAAAGCAAAUGAUGGUCUAUUCGCAACCCAUGUCAGACAAUAAAAGAGCAUUAGUUUUGCGAUUAAAUCAAACGGAUGAAGAUAAAGAAGAAAUGAAAGAAAUACUCGAAAUGAAACGAAGACAUGAAAGAAAUAUUAAAAAAAACUGGACAAAAAAUAAAAAUGAUGUAGGCAGGCUAUAAAAUUAUAAAGGCGCUUUCCAGGGGCUCUAGCUUCCUUAUAAGGAGUUUUUUC